GUUUUAUAAAAAAAAAUAAAAAAAAAAUACCAUAGACUUUGUUUUGCAAAAAUGGCGUCGUUUAGGGGUUCAAUUUGGUAUUGUAUCUUUGUUUUGUCGCUAAUAGCUGUAGCGAUCUCAGCUGCUGAGAGUGAAGAGGAACAGUCUUCCGUGUUGACGUUGGAUUCUACUAAUUUUACUGAUACCAUUAGCAAGCACGACUUCAUCGUCGUCGAAUUCUAUGCUCCAUGGUGUGGGCACUGUAAGAAGCUUGCUCCUGAGUAUGAGAAAGCUGCGUCCAUAUUGAAAAGUCAUGACAUUCCAGUUGUUUUGGCCAAAGUUGAUGCUAAUGAGGAGGCUAACAAAGAGCUUGCAACCCAGUAUGAUAUUAAGGGAUUCCCUACUCUUAAAAUUUUGAGAAAUGGAGGGAAGUCAAUUCAAGAGUAUAAAGGUCCUCGAGAAGCUGAUGGAAUUGCUGAGUAUUUGAAGAAACAAAGUGGUCCUGCUUCUGUUGAAAUAAAAUCAACAGAAGCUGCUAAUACUUUCAUUGGUGACAAGAAGAUAUUUAUUGUUGGGGUAUUCCCUAAAUUUUCUGGGGAGGAGUAUGAGAACUAUAUGUCUGUAGCUGAUAAAUUGCGUUCUGACUAUGAAUUUGGUCAUACUUUGGAUGCUAAGCACCUUCCACAAGGGGAAUCAUCUGUCACUGGUCCUGUUGUUAGGUUGUUUAAGCCAUUUGAUGAACUCUUUGUUGAUUUCAAGGAUUUUAAUGUGGAUGCCCUAGAGAAGUUUGUUGAAGAAUCUAGUAUGCCUGUUGUGACUGUCUUUAACAGUGACCCCAGCAAUCACCCUUUUGUUAUCAAAUUUUUCAAUAGUCCUGAUGCUAAGGCCAUGUUGUUUAUGAAUUUCAAUGGUGAAGCUGCCGAUUCUAUCAAAUCUAAAUAUCAAGAAGUCGCCCACCAAUUCAAAGGAGAAGGCAUAAUCUUUUUGUUGGGAGAUGUAGAGGCUAGUCAAGGUGCCUUCCAGUAUUUUGGACUCAAAGAGGACCAAGUGCCUCUCAUUAUCAUUCAAACUAAUGACGGACAGAAGUACUUGAAGGCAAACUUAGAGCCUGAUCACAUUGCUCCUUGGGUGAAGGCUUACAAGGAAGGAAAAGUGCAAGCAUAUAGGAAAUCUGAACCUAUUCCAGAAGUUAACAAUGAGCCAGUGAAAGUUGUGGUUGCUGAUACUCUCCAGGACAUUGUUUUCAACUCUGGCAAAAAUGUUCUUCUAGAGUUUUAUGCUCCUUGGUGUGGGCAUUGCAAACAAUUGGCUCCAAUCUUGGACGAAGUUGCAGUCUCGUAUAAAAGCGAUGCUGAUAUUGUCAUUGCUAAGCUUGAUGCUACUGCAAACGAUAUCCCAAGUGAUACCUUCGAUGUCAGGGGAUACCCCACUGUGUACUUCAGAUCAGCAAGUGGAAAGGUGGAGCAGUAUGAUGGGGAUAGGACGAAAGACGAUAUCAUUUCUUUCAUUGAAAAGAACCGAGAUAAAGCUGCCCAGCAAGAAUCAGCUAAUGGAAAGGAUGAGCUCUGAUAAUCUUCUUGAAUCAAUUUUGGGAUACUGUACUAAACCAAGUCGUGUCAGAAUAACAAUCAGGUCUUUUAGUUUACUUGGAGCCUUUGUUAUCGUUUUUAGGGAAAAAAGAAAAGAAAAAAGAAUAACUGUAGUCAUGUAAGUUAAAUGAGGGUUUUUUUCUCAGUUAAUUAAUGUCUUCUACAUUAUUCUUCUUCUUUA